AAGCCAUGGCACAGGCGACACCCAAAGUGACGAUGAUCGAGCACCUGAGAAAAGGCGGGGAGAUUGAUGGGAAAGUCAAAUGUUGAAGCUAACCACCAAGUGUACACACUGAUCAGCAGUGCCAAGAAUGGCAAUACGAGAUGGCUCAUGGUCACCGUAUGACAUGGAGGCUAGCGGUUCAUUGUAGUGCUAUAUAGACAUCACUUGAACAACCUGAAUUCAUGGCAUGCGAGUGUCCUAAGCUUCAAUCAAAGGUGUCCUCGAGUUCACUUGGCACUGUUACCACUAUGUUCACCAGCAUAGGUCUUGUUGCUCUCGCAACACUCGGAUUUCUCCAUCAAUGCAUAGCCACCGCCAACCUCCCGCCCGCUGUCCUGAAACGAGAUACCUUGCCGCCUGAGGCGGGCAGCCUUGCGAAGAGGGAAGUCUGUUCGGACGGUACCCGGUGCAUUGUAGGCAGCUGCUGUGGUGAAGGGUGCUCAUGGAACUGUUGUGGUCUGGACCAGGGUGGAUUCGGAUGCGAUCUGGGCGCGCGGUGCCAAUUUGACGGCAAUGUGUUUAUUGGAUGCUGUGACAACUUCAUCGGAGGUUGCACCGGUGAAGCCACCCGCAUCACCGUCCACACCCCCUACAGCACCGUCACCUUGAGCGACUCGACACCUAAGCGACAGGAACAAUCACAAUCAACCCAGCCUCGCGCACAUCCACCGACUCUAGCGCUUCAUCUUCCCCCUUCCCCUCUUCCUCCUCCUCCUCCUCCACCGCCACCUUCUCCUCGUCCACAGCCCUAUCCACCGCACCCGCACAAACCGAAUCCCCCAACAGUGCCGACAUCCCCCGAUCCCAAGUCCGGGAGAUAGCCACCCUCGUUGGACUCGCAGCUCUCGCAUCCUGGUAUCUCUUCUAGACGUCUAUCCACCACCAAGUCACCACUCUUCGUCAUCAAUCAUUUCUCGUUCAUGAGCAUAGCAUAA